GCUACUAGCCACGGGAGGGGGGCCUGAGGGCUGUGGUGCUUCUGUUUGCCCACAGGCAUGUCGUGGAGCCCAGACAGCAGCUGUGGCAGCACCCAGGAUGAAGAAGUUUGCCAUCUACAGAUGGGAUCCUGAUAAGCCCGGGGACAAACCCCGGAUGCAGACCUACGAUGUGGAUUUGAAUAAAUGUGGGCCUAUGGUGCUGGAUGCUCUGAUCAAGAUUAAAAAUGAGCUGGACUCCACCCUGACCUUCCGUAGGUCCUGCAGGGAAGGCAUCUGUGGCUCUUGUGCCAUGAACAUCGCUGGUGGAAACACGCUGGCCUGCAUCAAAAAGAUUGACCCUGAUCUCAACAAGAUCACCAAAAUCUACCCACUCCCCCACAUGUAUGUGGUGAAGGACCUCGUUCCAGACUUGAGUAACUUCUACGCACAGUACAAAUCCAUCGAGCCUUACCUGAAGAAGAAGGAUGAGUCCAAACAGGGCAAGCAGCAGUACCUGCAGUCCAUUGAAGACCGUCAGAAACUGGACGGACUCUACGAGUGCAUCCUGUGUGCCUGCUGCAGCACCAGCUGCCCCAGCUACUGGUGGAAUGGAGACAAAUACUUGGGCCCUGCAGUGCUGAUGCAGGCCUAUCGUUGGAUGAUUGACUCCAGAGAUGACUACACAGAGGAACGCCUGGCACAGCUUCAGGACCCUUUUUCUCUCUACCGUUGUCACACGAUCAUGAACUGCACCAGGACUUGCCCUAAGGGGUUGAACCCAGGCAAAGCCAUCGCCGAGAUCAAGAAGAUGAUGGCAACCUACAAAGAGAAGGCAGCUGCUGUGUGACACAGCUCC